AUGGACAAAUCAAUUGAUUACUAUAUAUCCUGCACUUCCCCGGAUUACCAAGAGACACUUUUGUUGUUUCAGGAGAAUGGUUUUGUGCAGAUCCAGACACCUGUUAUCACGUCAAAUGACUGCGAAGGAGCUGGUGAACUCUUUCAGGUUGAACCUGCUACCAGAGAGAAGCAGCAAGCAGAUGAGAAAUCCCAUUUCUUCUCCGUUCCUGCCUUUCUCACUGUGUCAGGACAGCUUCACCUGGAAGUCAUGGCAGGGGCCUUUUCUAAUGUCUACACGUUUGGGCCGACUUUUCGAGCUGAGAAUUCUCAGAGCAGAAGACACUUAGCUGAGUUUUACAUGGUGGAGGCAGAGAUCUCCUUCACAGAGAGUCUGGAGGAUCUAAUGAAGGUCAUGGAGAACCUUUUUAAAACUUCUACCGAAUGUGUUCUUGCUCGAUGUUCGGAAGACAUAGAACUGUUUCACAAAUACAUAUCCCCAGGACACAAGGACAGGUUGAAUCACAUGCUGCAGAAUAAAUUCAAAGUGAUCUCUUAUACAGAGGCUAUAGAUGUUCUGAAACAGAGUUCACAAACGUUUAACUUCAAACCAGAGUGGGGUUGUGAUCUUCAGACAGAACAUGAGAAGUAUCUGGUACAGCACUGUGGAAAUAUCCCACUGUUUGUCAUCAACUACCCAUACGAUCUGAAGCCGUUCUACGCCAGGGACAAUGAAGAUGGACCGCAACAUACUGCCGCUGCAGUGGAUCUUCUGGUGCCUGGAGUAGGAGAGCUUUGUGGAGGCACCCUGAGAGAAGAGCGACUGCACCUGUUACAGUCACGCCUAGACCGAGCGGGGAUGACAGACACCUACCAAUGGUAUUUGGAGUUGCGUCAGUUUGGCUCCGCCCCCCACGGAGGGUUUGGGAUGGGUUUUGAGCGCUAUCUGCAGUGCAUCCUGGGAGUUGAUAAUAUCAAAGAUGUAAUUCCUUUCCCAAGGUUCUCUCAUUCGUGUCUUUUGUAACCAGAAUUGUACAUUUGAGAACUUUAUCAAGUAAAGUAUGCAUUUUUACCUUUGGUGUCUGGUUAUCUGUCUUGCACGUGGAGUCAGCAAAUAACAAUGUCAGCUUCCAGACCAUGUUUUUUAGAGUAACAAAUAUGAACAGUUCUACAGGAAGGCAGUGAGUGAUCUGGUGUGUGGAAGGUUAUGUAGAAAUAACUUUGGGUAAACACUGUCUUUGUACAUUGCAGGGAAGCGAAUGUUAUCUUAGCUACCAAAUCUCAGCUACAUUUGGGUUUUUAUAUACAGGGUCAAAUGUUAGAUACACACAUAUGGUGUAGGUGUUUCCUGCCUGACAACACUGUGUCUUUGUAGAGCGGAAAACAUUUAUAUUUGCAUUUUCUCAUAUAAAUGUGCUGUGUAAUAUCAAACAAUGGAUAAUCAAUAAUGAGAAAUGAACCUGCAAAAUAGAAUAUUUAAAAAACAAAAAUGGGUUGGUGUAUGUAAUUCAGAACUGUGUCCGUGUUAAAAGGACAUGUAGAUUUACAACAGUCAUCCGUGACUGUAUUAGAUGCUAUGUCUUCAAGACUGAACAGGAUAGCUAAUGAUGUGUUUAUUUCAUUGGCUUAUGCGCAUUAUGUUUAAUUAUUGCUGCAACAAAACCCAACAUAUCUUACUGUGAGAACAGUGAAUUUUUUUUUUCUUUAGUUAAAACGUCAGCAACAAUUGCCCAAUCCGAUGUUAUGUAAUGUUUUAUCAACUAAAAUAUGAGGAAGUAGAAUAAUGCACAGCAGAGCAUUGCAAUUAUGUUUCUUAAAACACCCUAUAGAAUUAACACAUUUUGCUUCAUAAAGUCGAAUGAAACCCGCUGAAUAAUGU